AUGAACAAAAAUAUGACGAUUCCAAAUUUUAGUUCGUCUAUGCAAUACAAACAGACACCAGCAAAUCCAAUACGAUUAAUUUUUGAAAUAUUAUUAUGUAUUUUACUUAUAAUACCAGCUGUUCUAUGGGCAACGAUUAAACUAUUUUUGAAAUCACCACGGAAAAAUAUACGAGGACAAGUGGUUUUGGUAAAUACUUAAGAAAUUAUAUAAUAUUUAAAUCGUUUUUUCUUCUAAAUUGUACGAAUAACAAAUGUACCCACUAUACUCAAUUAGUUAAUAAAAUACCAAGACAUACGAUUGGUAUAAUUUAUUAAAACAAUACUAUAUUUGAUAAAAUUAUUUUUAGGUUACCGGAGCGGCUCGGGGUUUGGGCCGCGAGCUAUGUACGAGAUUUCACGAGUUGGGCGCCAAAGUAGUUUGUGUUGAUGUGGACGGACGAGGAUGCGCAGAGACGGCAAAAGAGAUCAACCGAAAUGGUGGAACGGCCAUGAGCUAUGAAGUAGAUGUAACCAAUCGACGCCAAAUAGCAGCCAUGCACACGGCUGUAAGGACUGAAUUGGGCCCUGUCGACAUACUAGUAAAUAACGCAGGUCUCGUUUCGGCUCAUAUGUUUGUUAAUCCUGAAUCAGAGCAGCUUAUUGAAGAUUUAGUGAACGUCAAUCUUCUGGGACAAAUUUGGGUGAGCUAACGUUGAUAGGUUGUUUACCUUAUACUACAAAUUAUUUUUACUUAACGUAUACAUAUAUAAUAUGAAUUUGAUCAUUUCUUUUAAGAUUCAUUUUCUUAAGAUUAAUAUCUAUAUAAUACUAGUGGGUCAUAGUUAUCAUGUUAGUAUCCGGGGAAUUUAGGUGCUAAGGCAAAAUUCCAAUAUUUAUUUUGAGAAAACCUUCAUUUGUACAUAGAUUAAUCAUUAUAAAAUUACAAUAGUACAUUAUAUUACCUUCGUUGAACUUAAAAAAAAAAUAUUGUUAUUUUAUAUUUAAAUACAUAUAUAAUCAAUAUUGUUUUUUCUUAAUCCAGCCCUUAAUUUUAAAACUUUUUAAAGUUUGUUACCACUACUCAUAAUAAAUCUAAUCUAUAUUCAAAUCUAAUUUUAUUAUAAAAUGUUAUUUCUGUAGAUGAAUAGAGAAAUACUGCCUUCGAUGUUAGAAAGAAACCAAGGGCAGAUUGUCGCUAUAUCAUCCAUGUCAUCUAUGAGCGGAUUAUCCGGGAUAUCCACAUACACGGCUACUAAAUGGGCCACAAAUGGUAAAUUAAUUACACAAUUUUAAUAACAGAAAAAAUGUAAUUAUAAUUUAAAUAAUGAUAUUAAUCAUGUAACGAAGGUACAUGAUCAUUCAUAUAACAAAAGUGACAAGAAGUCUUAAUUUUGAAUUGUCGCCCUUAAUAAUUAUUAUAUAUAUCAUACGUAAUUCAACUUUCACAGCAAAAAACGGCGAAUCUUAAUUUUUACAGUCAUUCAGGAGAGUCAAGAGAAGAUUUCAAACAUGAUUUCUUAUUCUGUUUAUUUAUGUAUUCUAAUACGGAAUUGAAAUUUUAAUAAUCCAACUAACAUGAGAAAAAUACUAUACAUUUUAAUUUUGAAAAAGUUCAACGUGCAAUUAAAUAAUAACACUUUUUCUCAAAAAAGUAUUUAGAUACGACUUUAUUCGUCAAAAAUUCUAGUUACGAUCUUCUUCGCUAUUGUAACUUAAUUUACGACUGUUUACUCCGAAAGGUUAGACGUAUUUUGGUUUAAAACAAUGACAAAAAAAUGUUUAAUUCUGUGGAUAACUGUACAGUCUCCUCGGAAGCGAACCCUGGUAUUGGUAUAUUGAAUUUUAAAUAAAUGAUAAACCAUGACGUCAUUAAUAAAAUGAUUCUAAGCAGAAGUGGUUUUACGGAGAGAAAGGGUCCAGAGGGUCUGGAUCACCCCCCCCCCCGGACUUAGAGUUUAAUAACUUAAAAUUUUUGUUGAUUAAAACAUUCAUGGUGCAUUCGUGGCGAUAAGUAAAAAAAUAAUAUGUAAAUUAAUUAAAAUAAAUUAAUAACACUAUUAUUGGGUAAAUAUUGUUUGUAUAUUAAAUAGAUUAUAAGUUAAUAUCAAAGGAUCCUUCCCUGCAGAAAAAAGUUCAAAAACUGACACUGAUUCUGAGCAAAGAUUUACUGUAAUGUACGAGUAUUUGUCAUCUUUAUAAUUUGUAUUCUUGACUUGAUCUAGUCUUGAUUUGUAUAACUUACCUAUGUUAACUACUAGUAUAAGAUAAUUAAUAAUGCUGAAUGCAAUACAAUAGAAUUUUAAUAUUUAGUAUUUAUUGAAGUCCGUCUUACCGCUUGAAUUUAUUACUGAUGAUCAAUAUUUUUUUGGCACAAUAAGUGUUAUAAAAACAAAAAUUAUUAAAGUUUAUAAAAUACGACAUUUUUCGUGGAUAAGUAGACUACAUUUCCUCAAUUUUCCGAGCUCUUAAACCGAUUUUUGGCAAUUUUCCUUUAACAGACACGAGAUACGACCUUUUUUGUUGCGGCUUUGACAAUUACAAUAAUUGUAGAUAUUUUUUAUUGUUAUGAUUUUUAUCGAAAAUUAAGUUCAAACUUCAAAGUGAAGAAUUCUAAAUUUCUUUUCCCCAAUAUAAUCAUUAUCAACAUCGUUUGACUUAUUACAUUAUUUAAAAUUUGUUGACAAAGGCCACUAAGUUUUGUUUUUAUAUCUAAGCAUUUUGAAACUCAACCCAAACUUUAAAAGUAGAUACUCCAAUUUCUACUCAGAUUCCUUUAACUUGUAUGCCUAAUUAUUUAACUGAAUAUGUAUAAUAUUUAUAUUUAGGUAUGAUGGAGAGUUUAUAUAACGAAUUAAAAACAUUGAAAUCGACAGUAGUUUCUACAACAGUAUGUCCAUACUUCAUAAAGACCAAUCCAGAAAUUUCAGAACAUUUAGAACUUAGGUACUUUUAAUAUUUAAUUUCGAUUAAUAUUAAAAUGACAAAUUAAAGACAAAUUCAAAUUUUAGAUUUCCAGAAAUGCCUACUUCGUUUGUGGGUAAAAUUGUUAUGAACGGUAUACUAGAAAAUCGAAGAAUUUUUUCAGUACCCAAUCACUUUAUGUUCCCAGUUGCAUUUGUAAGGUAAAUUUGAAUUUUUUAAUUAAUUUUAUUGCUAGCGACUAAUAAUUAUUUUAAAUUUUUGAUUUAAUAUGUGCUAUUUUUGUUUUCAAAAAAAGUCCAUAACAAAUUAAUUUAUUGGUACUAUUGUAAUAUAUGUAUCGUAUUGUAUUAUAUAUUUAUUUUUCAGGAUAUUACCUGAUAAUUUACAAUUAUUAAUCAAUAAAAUAUUCUACGUAAAUAUCAUUGGAUUUCAAAAAGACAAAGAAUUGAUGAAAAAAUAUCAACGAUAG